AUUUCAAGGUUGGACGAGUCGAUAUAAUCCGCCCAAACUUUUCAACCAUAAUUAUAGCUGUGUAGGUUUAAUAUAUUAAGUGAGUAUUCGACUUCACGAGUGGAUUUAAGUAUGGAUAUUCUUACCAUUAUCUGCAUUGCUCUAUCGUUUGCAUAUAUCUUGGAAUGGUUUCUGAGAAAACUAAAAAUUGACAACUUCGACAAACGAUUUGUUUUGGUAACAGGGUGCGACUCGGGUUUCGGUUUUGAGUUAGCAAAGAAGCUAGAUAAAAUGGGAUUUAAUGUGUUUGCUUGUUGCCUUACAAAAUCUGCAGUUGAGAAAUUCAAUGAAACAAGUUCUUCGAAAUUGAAAGCGAUAGAAAUGGAUGUCACAAAGGAUGCAAGUAUUGAAAAGACGAUGGAAAUAGUUAAACGGAGUUUACCAAAUGAAAAAGGUUUAUGGGCAGUAGUGAACAAUGCAGGUAUACUUGGGGGAAUAGGACCAACCAUUCUUCAUACAAGACAGGAUUACGAGAAUACACUUGCUGUUAAUUUAUACGGUGUUAUCAUGGUAACGAAAGCGUGCCUGCCGUUAGUUCUUCAAGAACAGGGGAGAAUUGUGAACACUUCAAGUAUAGCAGGAAGAGUUGGUUUCUUUAAUUCUUCUUAUACUAUAUCCAAAUAUGGUGUUGAGGCUUUUUCUGAUGUUCUAAGAAGAGAGAUCUAUAGAACUGGUGCCAAAGUACAAAUCAUCGAGCCAGGAGCAUUCAAAACUCCCAUUUGGAAACCUCUCAAACAGAUGAGUGUCAACAAAAUUGCGAGUUUACCUGCCGAGAUAAAAUCACAGUUUUCCGAUGAUGCUGCGGACAAAAUGGUAGCACCUUACAAGAUUCUGGAGGAAACCGGAUCAACACAAUAUAAUCUUGUUGUUGACGCAUACAUCCAUGCGAUAACAGCUAAGUUUCCAAGAAAAAGGUACCUUGUAGGCACAGAUGCCAAAUACACCUAUCGGUUUCUAUGGAAUUUGCCUGAAAUUAUAAGUGAUUAUUUCUUUUACAAACAAGGAAUUUACAAUGUUUAGAACCACUGUCUAUAAUGAGGACUGACGAACACUGCUGAUGACGUCCUUCUGGAAAAUACACAAGUUUAUCAAAUCAUACAGUUAAAUAUCAUAUAGUUUAUACAAUUAUAAGUGUAUCAAGCAGAAUAUCUGUAUUCAGGAAUUUUUUAAAAAGGGGUCGGGUGUCGGGAGAUGCAUGGCCGAAUUUCAGUCACUUGCUUUUCAUCAUUGGAGCUUCGAAUCCUGACAGGGACUAGGAAUUGUCAGCUCUGAUCCCGCCCGGAACUAAGUAAUGUCAGUUCGGAUCCCGUCAGGUCCCUAUAACUAGAAACCUUGUUAUUUUGCAAAUCACUCUUCAAUUUUUAUGUCGCCUAGCACCGUACCGUUUACACAUAUUAUUAUUAUUAUUAUUAUUAUGUUAUUUAUGGAAACAUGUAUAUUUGACAUAACAACUUUCAGUUAGUUGUAAUUAUAGACAUUUGUGUCGUUACGCAGUAAAAUACUUCAAGUCAUAUGUUUCAUGUACUGAAUGCCAUUACUUGGCUUGUACAACGGAUUUUAAAUUAUCCAGGACUAUAAAAUAUUUUUAGAUAGCAGUACAAGACUGACGGACCUUCUUUAUGACUUUUCUUUAUUCUUAGUGUGACAGCCAUCUUGAAUUCAAUUGGAUUAAAUUCUUUUUGUACAUCUUUUUGUGAAAAAGGGGUUGCUGCUAAAUAGAUUUACAGUUUUUUUACAGCACAAAAUCAUUAAGGCUACUAUCAUACUUCAAUCCAGGACACAACUCUUUCACAAACAGCGCAAGAAUGAUAACACUUUAGAUCUUGAAACUUUCCUUUAAUAGAUGGUGAUGAAAAUAGGUUUAUCUAACAUCUUCGAAAAAAAUAUAAAAAAGCUUUUUUUAUAUGUAAGUAAUUGAUAUAUUUAUAAUAAUAUAUGGAGAAUAAAUAAAUACACGAUAAUUAAAAAUGA